AUGUUAAAUGCCAUCUUUAUCCUUCUGUUCCACUACAUGCUAGGUGCCAUCUUUAUCCUUCUGUUCUACUACAUGCUAGGUGCUAUCUGUAUCCCUCUGUUCCACUACAUGCUAGGUGCCAUCUGUAUCCUUCUGUUCUACUACAUGCUAUGUGCCAUCAGUAUCCUUCUGUUCCACUACAUGCUAGGUGCCAUCUUUAUCCUUCUGUUCCACUACAUGCUAGGUGCCAUCUUUAUCCUUCUGUUCUACUACAUGCUAGGUGCCAUCUGUAUCCCUCUGUUCCACUACAUGCUAGGUGCCAUCUGUAUCCUUCUGUUCUACUACAUGCUAUGUGCCAUCAGUAUCCUUCUGUUCUACUACAUGCUAGGUGCCAUCUGUAUCCUUCUGUUCUACUACAUGCUAUGUGCCAUCAGUAUCCUUCUGUUCUACUACAUGCUAUGUGCCAUCAGUAUCCUUCUGUUCUACUACAUGCUAGGUGCCAUCUGUAUCCUUCUGUUCCACUACAUGCUAGGUGUCAUCUUUAUCCUUAUGUUCUACUACAUGCUAGGUGUCAUCUUUAUCCUUCUGUUCCACUACAUGCUAGGUGCCAUCUGUAUCCUUCUGUUCUACUACAUGCUAGGUGUCAUCUUUAUCCUUAUGUUCUACUACAUGCUAGGUGUCAUCUUUAUCCUUCUGUUCCACUACAUGCUAGGUGUCAUCUGUAUCCUUCUGUUCUACUACAUGCUAGGUGUCAUCUUUAUCCUUAUGUUCCACUACAGGCUAGGUGUCAUCUUUAUCCUUCUGUUCCACUGCAUGCUAGGUGCCAUCUGUAUCCUUCUGUUCCACUACAUGCUAGGUACCAUCUGUAUCCUUCUGUUCUACUACAUGCUAGGUUCCAUCUGUAUCCCUCUGUUCCACUACAUGCUAGGUACCAUCUGUAUCCUUCUGUUCUACUACAUGCUAGGUGCCAUCUGUAUCCCUCUGUUCCAGUACAUGCUAGGUGCCAUCUGUAUCCUUCUUUUCUACUACAUGCUAGGUGUCAUCUUUAUCCUUCUGUUCCACUACAUGCUAGCUGCCAUCUGUAUCCUUCUGUUCUACUACAUGCUAGGUGCCAUCUGUAUCCUCCUGUUCUACUACAUGCUAGGUGUCAUCUUUAUCCUUCUGUUCCACUACAUGCUAGGUGCCAUCUGUAUCCCUAUGUUCCACUACAUGCUAGGUGUCAUCUGUAUCCUUCUGUUCUACUACAUGCUAGGUGCCAUCUGUAUCCAUCUGUUCCACUACAUGCUAGGUGUCAUCUGUAUCCUUCUGUUCUACUACAUGCUAGGUGUCAUCUGUAUCCUUCUGUUCCACUACAUGCUAGGUGCCAUCUGUAUCCCUCUGUUCCACUACAUGCUAGGUGUCAUCUGUAUCCUUCUGUUCUACUACAUGCUAGGUGUCAUCUUUAUCCUUAUGUUCUACUACAUGCUAGGUGCCAUCUGUAUCCCUCUGUUCCACUACAUGCUAGGUGUCAUCUUUAUCCUUCUGUUCCACUACAUGCUAGGUGCCAUCUGUAUCCCUCUGUUCCACUACAUGCUAGGUGUCAUCUUUAUCCUUCUGUUCCACUACAUGCUAGGUGCCAUCUGUAUCCCUCUGUUCCACUACAUGCUAGUUACAAUCUGUAUCCUUCUGUUCCACUACAUGCUAGGUGCCAUUUGUAUCCCUCUGUUCCACUGCAUGCUAUGUACCAUCUGUAUCCUUCUGUUCCACUGCAUGCCAGGUGCAUUUGUAUCCUUCUGUUCUACUACAUGCUAG